AUGGAUGAUGCCUCGGCUGGAUGUUUCCGUCCACUCGAUCCCUCGUGUCUCCCCAAUGUGGAUCCGCUGGGUCUAUCUUCAUCCAGAACCAUGCACAGAAACUUGGCUGAUUCUUCUGCUUCUGCUCUGCAUCCCGAGGUUUUGAAAUCUUCCUCAAACUAUUUGGGGGGUUAUCAUGCCUGCUAUAGAUCUGCAGCGGCCAAGGCGUGUGAAGUAUACAUAGGUGCGGGAGGGAGCAGAAGAUCGCUUCCCCGUUUUGUGAAUUGGCUUCGCGCGGAAUUAGAGUCCCAUGGGAUCCACUGCUUUGUCUCUGUUAGAAGUCGGGGACGAGAUUCAUGUGCCUACAGCACGGCAAGAGAGGCUAUGAGAUUGGCGACUCUCGGUGUGCUCGUCGUUACCAGGGAAACCUUUUCGAGCUCUUAUGCUAUGGAAGAGAUUAGUUGGUUCUCGGAGAGGAGCAAUUUGGUGCCUAUUUUCUUCGGGUUGAGCCAGAAGGAUUGCCUGGUCAGGGACAUCACCGAGAAGAAGGGGGAAUUGUGGAGGAAGCAUGGGGGUUUUCUAUGGGAGGCAUAUGGAGGAUUAGAGAAGGAAUGGAGGCACGCUGUGAAUAAGCUCUCUUGUCUGGACUGCAAGCUGGAGACUUGCGAAAGUAACUUCAGGGAUUGCAUAUUGGGUUCCGUUGUUCUUGUAGGGAGAAGAUUGGGAAGGAAGGGCAUCGUGGAGAAAGUGUCGAGGUUGAAGGAAUCGGCAGCAAUCAUGGAGUAUCCAUUUCCCCGAAACCACCAUUUUGUCGGUAGAAACCAGGAGCUUCAUCAGCUUGAGCUGAUUUUGUUUGGCCAUACAGAAGAAGAAGAGGAAGAUUGUCUGAACGUUGGAGUUACAAGGUUUGGAAGAGGUUUGACGACCAGUAAUGGUGCUAGCAUGGAGCUGGAUCACAAAGGAAAGUAUCAGGAAUCUCAAAGAGAGAUCAGAAGGGAACGCUGUUGGGUUGAGGAGAGGCGAGACGGGCUCGGCAUGCAUGUGAAAAAAAGUUGUCACACAGGAAGUGGAUUUUCUGCGAGGGACCUGUAUGGGAAGGGCAUUGCUUGUGUCUGCGGUGAGUCGGGCAUUGGCAAGACUGAACUUCUCUUGGAAUUCGCAUACAGGUUCUCUCAGAGGUACAAGAUGGUGCUUUGGCUCGGUGGUGAAGCAAGAUACAUCCGUAUGAACUAUCUGAAUCUACUUCCAGCUCUGGGUGUCAAUCUGAGCAGUGAGAAGGAAACUUUUCUCAAGAGUAAUGGCCCGAUUAGUUUUAAGGAGGUUGAAGGGCAAACAAUCAGAAGGGUGCGCAAGGAGCUCAUGAGAGAUAUCCCCUUCCUCCUUGUGAUUGACAACUUAGAAAGUGGCAAAGACUGGUGGGAUGGAAGGAAUGUAAUGGAGAUUCUUCCUUGUCUUGGUGGGCAAACUCAUGUCCUCAUCUCCACUCAGAUGUCUUCGGUGAUGAACCUCAAACCCCUCAAGAUCUCGUUUUUAUCUCAUUCAGAAGCAAUUGCGCUGAUCAAGGGACAUUCUGGGGACCUUCCUCCAGAGGACUCUCAUGCUCUUGACGUUGCUGAAGAAAAACUUGGUAGAUUGCCACUGGGACUUGCAAUCUUUGGUGCAUUAUUAUCCGAAGUUCCCAUCAGCCCAAGAAAACUUCUCAGUGCAAUUGAGAGAAUGCCCCACGAAGAUCUUACAUGGAAUGAUGGGGAGCAGUCGGUGCUCAAGAAAUACCCUUCAAUCGUCCAGCUUUUAAGUAUCUGCUCUCUAGUUUUUGAUCUUGCUGAUAAUCAUCAGAAUUUCGCAUCGAGGAUGGUACUUGCAUGUGGUUGGUUUGCUCCCUCACCAAUUCCGGUCAAUCUACUAUUUACGGCUGCUUCUGAGAUCAUUCAAGACAAUCAUUGUGUGCAAUUUUUGAAGAAGUUUCGACAUAUGGUCGCAUGCAUGCACAAGAUAUCACACUCCAAGAAACCAGGAGUCGAAGCAUCGAGUAGAUUAGUGAGGCUUAGAAUAGCAAAGUGCAGCGCCAAAAUAGGCUGCAUUCAUUUUCAUGACAUUAUCAAGGAAUACGCCAGGAAAAGAGGAAAAUUUUGGGUUGCUAAUGCAAUGGUUCGUGCAAUUUUUCACAAGGGUUCUCCACAUCUUCACCCAGAGCACGUAUGGGCAGCAUCCUUCCUAUUGUUCAGAUUGGGUACCAGUCCGCCGAUCGUCAGACUGAGGGUUUCAGAGUUGCUAGCGUUCAUCAGUAAAUUUGUUCUUCCUCUAGCCCUGGACACAUUCAAAAGCUUUCGUCGGUGUGAAGCUGCCUCUGAGCUUCUGUUUGCGUGUGAGGAAUUGCUGAAGAACUCGGAAAUUUCGUACACGUUGCAGGAGAAUAAUGUUCAUGAGAAACAAUUAUUUGGGAUCCCAUACAAAAAUCGUUCAGCAUUUCAGUUUGAUCAGUGCAGCUACAAGGAAUUUUCUCUGUUACGUGCGACCAUCCUUGAAACAAGGGCUGAGAUGAUGCUCAGUGGCGGCUGUUAUGACACUGCAGAACGCCUUUUCAGGUCAGCGCUCAACAUCAAAGAGGUAAUUUAUGGCUGUGAGCACUCGGACACAGUGGCCAUCCAAGAAACAAUGAAGAAACUUUUAAGACUUCAAGAAGGUUUGUGA